AUGUCAGCCGAAGCUCAGCUCGAGGCGCUCCUCGCCAUCAUCAACACUUCUGCGCGACAGGCUAUUGCAGAGUACAAGAAGAGUGGAGAUGUACCCACCAUAAACUCAACGAGCCCACAUCCCCUUGAUUCCGCCGCGGACACGGUAGCUUUGAAGAAAGCGGUGAGGUUGUUGGAGGGGGCUUGCCAGCAGCUUUGUGUCUCCCUGGCACCACCUCAGCACACUCUGAUCAAUCUCACAGAAAACUUUGACUGGGCAUGCGCCGGCGCUGCCAUUCGUGCCAAGAUUGCCGACGUUUUGGCCGACUUUCCGAAUGGUCUGCAUGUAGCAGAGCUCGCUGACAUCGUGCACAUCGAGAAGGGAAAGCUAUGUCGUCUUCUGAGAGUACUCGCAUGCAAAGGCUGUUUCCUGGAGGUCGAUGUGGACGUCUUUGCGAACAAUCGCUUGUCUCUAAUGUUGAAAUCAUCUUCGAAUGUUUCGUGUCUGGCUCGGAUUUACGCACAGGACGUUUCACAAGCUGCUGAAUCAUUAUACGAGACUUUGGUAGACCCGGACUUUGCUGCUUCGUAUGAACCAGACAAAGCCCCGUUGAUUUAUGCUCUCAGAAAACGUAAUAUUCAAGGCAGCUUCUUUGACUGGAUGAGGGAGGACGAUGAAAGGCGUGAGAACUACCAUCGUGCAAUGGUUGGCUUGGGCGAUGUCAUGGGAUCGCUCUCAGUGCUACAUCAUUAUCCUUGGAAUGAGGUUUCAACGGUCUGUGAUGUCGGCGCUAGUAUUGGAACCUUCUCUCUACCUUUGGCCAAGAAAUUCCCUCACCUCAAGAUCACAGAUCAAGACCUUCCCGAGGUGCUCGUACAGGCGACCGAGGUCUGGCAAAAAGAUGCACCCGAGGCUGUUGAGGAAAAACGAAUUGAAUUCAUCCCAUUGAACUUCUUCGAGGAGAUACCCGCCCAAGGGAAGGACGUUUAUUAUGCAAGUCUUCACCUUUUGCUGCGGAAUAUAAUCCACGACUGGCCUGACGCUGAGGCAGCUGUAAUAAUCCGAAACGUUCGACGAGCAAUGGCACCCCAUAGCCGGCUUCUGAUUCACGAUUACGUUCUUUCAUCUGCAAGUCCGAAGUUGCGGUCUAGUACCCUCGGACAAGAAUUAGCCCCUGAACCGAUGUUGCCUAACUUUGGCUCUGGGAAUAUUCGGAUGUACCAGCAAGACCUCAACAUGUGGUUCAUCCAUAAUGCCAAGGAGCGCACGGUACAGGAUUCCGUGACUCUAGGAGCUGCUGCAGGCCUACGGCUCGAGAAAAUAUACGAUCUCGCGGAAUCGUCUGUGCUGGAGUUCAGAAUAGCGUGAUGUGUUUUCUUGAGCAGGCGACGCAGGGUUGUACAGUGUAUUUUUUAUAUAUCUCUUUCAUUGUACCACGUAGAUGAGUCUCGCAC